UUAAUCAGGAAGUAAUUAUAUCGCCUAUAAAGUACGACAAUCGACCGAGAACAGAGGUUUGAUAAGAUUAUGUUAAACGCAGCUAUAAAAUAAAAUUUUGUUCGAACACCUCUACAAGUCAUUGGAAGGAUGGAUCAAAAACUCUGGAUCCUUAUUGGAUUUGCUACCAUUUUGGGGGCAUGGGGACUAGAAGAUAUCAAGUGUCAAGAGGGAGUUAAUUUUUUACCACAUCCAGAGAAUUGUUCCAUGUAUUUCAGCUGUGUCAAUGAUUUUCCGCAUGAGAUGAGUUGCCCGCCUGGUUUUUUUUUCAACCCAGAUGAAAUAUGUGACCCUAACUACGAUUGUUCUGUAGAGACAUGUCCUGAAUCAGGAAUAAAAAAAUUGCCCGUGGAAGGAGAUUGUGAAAGCUACAUUUUAUGCAUUGAUGGUAAACGCCAUGAAUUAAAAUGCCAAGGCAAUUUAAUUUUCGACAAGAAGACGUCACAGUGCGUUCUACCAAAAAACUCGGAUUGCGUCGACAAUGUUCAUUGUUCGGAAGAGGCGGAUGUACUAGAAUUUAUUGUGGAUCCACGCAACUGCACAUUUUAUUACAUUUGCGAUUCAAAAAAUGUGCCACAUAGAAUGGAAUGUCCUGAAGGAACCAUUUUUAAGAACGAACCAGAACCUGGCUGUAUUGAAGGGGACGAAUGUUCCUGAGCAUCAAAAUGAACCUGGACCUGAAACUGAUUGAAUCAUGCUUCAUGAAUCCAAUUGUACUUAAACAUAUUAUAGAUGAUGGAACGUAUUCUCCAGGUGGACUAGAUACUUCGAACGAUGAUACAGAUAUAUCCUGAGUAUUUUAGAAAUUCUGGAAUAUUUAGUGUUUUUGUUGACCCGCAUUUCCUGAUGAAUUCACUGAUUCUGUGAAAUUGUGUACUAUUCCUACAAUCCUACAGAAUCUGAAUCAUCAGAAGUUGUGUGCGCUGAAGAUACACUUAAUUUGAAAUCACUCAAAUAAAAUACAAUUAUGAUAAAAUAAUGAAAAUAA